CUCAUAAGCGGUUUGAUAUUUAGAACAACAAAAAUCAGAGGAGUGAGCAAGACACAGUGGAUAAACUAAUCCCGUUUGAAACAUGACUGAGAUAAAGCGUCUGGUGAUGCUACCCUGACCCAGCGCUUAUUGUUUAAAGAGGACAAAGUGCUCUUUUUGACAGAGUCGAGUCGCAGCUGUUGCUGAAAGCAGUCUCGGCAAAGAACAUCAGCCCUUCAGCAAACCUCUCUUUUUUCUGACAGUAUCAGCACUGAUCAAGUCCUACGUAAGAAGGAAAUACAUUUCGGAGGCGAAGAAGUUAGAAUUUGGAUGUCAUUAAAAUUCAUCUCCAGCCGCGACGAAAGGUGCCAACGAUCCACUUCAGAGCUCGGUCUACAUCUACCAGCUGAACUAGAGUUAUGUAACGUGUCCUAAGUCAGCUGACUGGAUUGAAAGGGACUGGAAAACCUUAUAAAGAAGUGGGGUUGAAAAAAAAUCUGAUAUAAAAACAACAGAAACGCGCGCCCACGCGUAUUCAGAAUAUUUAAUUUCACUUUAAAUUUAAUUUAAUGUCUUUCUCUGCAUCACUGGCUCUUUGUCGGUUUGGGAAAAUAAAAAGUCACUUCAUACUUCUAUAAGCCAACUAGCUUAACGAUUCUGUGACUAUUUUGUCUUAAUUUGUCAAAAACAAAAUUGCCAAUUGCCGAUUUAUUGUUUUAUGUAUUAGAAAGCGUAUUGGUUAUUGGUUAGAAAUUGAGUUCAGUGGCAAGAGGAUGCUGAAUUUGAAUAGUCCAGACAGCAAUUCUUUCCAGGACCCCGUGUCACUCAACGUCGGCGGAGAGGUGUACACCACUACCUUGGACACGCUUACACGCUGCAGGGACUCCAUGCUGGGUGCGAUGUUUACUGGGCAGAUCCCGCUACUCCGAGACAAGCGAGGCAACUUUUUCAUAGAUCGCGACGGAAAAGUAUUCCGUUACAUCCUCAACUACCUCCGAUCGAACAGCCUUGACCUACCAGAUGACUUCAAGGAGAUGUCGCUGCUUAAGCGAGAGGCGGAUUUCUUUCAAAUACGACCCCUGCUGCACGAGAUACGGCGCUAUGAGUCUGGACCACAAGGGGUAAACUGGCGUAGUGCCGUGCUCAAUACAGAUGUGGACAGCCAGGUACGUGUACUGCACUUCAACCUGAAACGCGGACCAGAGAAUUACGAGUUGCGUUCCUGCGCAGUGCGUGUUUACUCUGCCAAUGUAUUCUGCACUUCAUGCGCCUUCAUAAAGCUACUAUGUACCCGUUUCUCGUACCGGACGCGGGAACGUACCGCAUCCCCGCAAUCCAACGAAGAAAAGCCAAACUAUCUUCGUAUGGAGUGGGUUCCUCGGCCAGAAGACUUGCCCCAGGACCAGUACGAGAAGAACAGCUUCCGAGAACUAACGGUUACAUCCCAGGUGACAUCCCCCGCUACCUCGCCAACGUCUGUAAUCCCAGACACUCGUGCGUUCAUGGAGGAAAUGCUGAAGGUCUCCCUGUCUGAGGGGUUUCGCGUGGACUCAGUCUUCCCUGAUCCGUCAGACAUCCUUAACUGCCGGUCGCUGCGAUUUGUUAGGUACUAAGGCGCCUGAUAUUGACCCAAGGAAGGAUAACAAUGUUUACAUCUUAUUAUCACUAUUUUUUCGAAGAUAGUUACAACUUUAAACAAGACCGUUCUAAAUGUGUUUACAGCAACAAUCUGAUCCUGAAACACGGUUACAAAACGUGACUAAUAGCCUAACAGUUGUAACAAUUGCAGAGUAAUACAGAUCUCAGAGUGUAGCCAAGCUGCGUAAUUUUUUUUUUCAUGGGAACCUGUCUUAACGGUUCCGACCAUUAUGAAAGAUUUUCAACGGUGUUCGUAGUUAAUGUUUUGCCAGUCAAGUGUCCUUGAAACCCCUUUUGUUUCAACGUCUUGAAUUUUGUUCAGUCCUAGCUUUCUAAUUUGUUUGUAACAAGUAUUCCUAUUGCUUAUAUCCCUGCACUAGGACUGAACUGAAAGGAAAACAAAUAUUUCCUUCUCACGAGGCCCACCAUCUCGUUAAAAUUGAGAGCCAAAUUGGCCCACGGCACCUACUGAAGGCUUGAGUGAUUUUGUACGCAACUGACAGCUGAAAUAGGUGCAGCACAGAACAAUUUUGACAAAUUGGAGUGUGUGCAUGCCAGACAUUCUUUUGUACUGUAUUCAUGGCAGAUUUAGAAACAUCAGAAGAAUGCUGGUUGAAUGGUAUGCCAAAUCCAUGCUGUUGCGAAAUAAUCCAUUUGUUUUUUUUUCUGCAUUGUAUGAUUCAUUGUAUGUAAUCAUGUAUUGUAAAGCGUCUUUGAGACUAUGAAAAGCGCUAUAUAAAAUAAAUGUAUUAUUAUUAUUAUUAA